AAGAAAACGAGAGACUCUAAUCUGAGGAUUUAAACUUGAGACUGUAUUUAAACAUCACAGGCACAUAUUUUGUGGAAAUGAGAAUAAGAGCACACUGACUCUAAAAUGAGUUCUCCAUCUCCUGAAACAAAUGGUGCAUCACUGAAGACUGAUCAGUCCAUGAUGUAUCUUCUCCUUGAAUUCAGUGAUGCAGUGAACUCUGACCCCAGUGUCCGCAGGAGACAGAGAUCAAAGUCUCCAGAACCAAGCUGUGUGUCUGUGAAGAGCAACUCAUCCAUGGACCACCCAUUUCAAUUCAGUGAUGAUCCAGUGACCUCUGACCCCCUAAAGGAGACAUAUGAGCCGAUUAGCUCUAUGCCGCUCUCUAUAUCCCACUAUCAGACCCACAUCAGUCAGGAUAAAACUGAAGCAGUCCUGCAGUCACAUACACUGGAGUCUGGAGACCUGCAGAGAGUCAAAGACCAGCACAAAAUCAGCAUGAAGAACAAAUAUGAGAGAUUAUUUGAGGGAAAAAAUCUCCAAGAGAAUGUAACCCUCCUGAACAGGAUCUACACACAGCUCUACAUCAUAGAGGGAGAGAGAGAAAGAGUGAAUGAGGAACAUGAGGUUUUACAGAUGGAGAAAACAGUCAGAACACAAGACACUUCAAUCUACUGCAAUGAGAUCUUUAAAGCCUCACCUGAACAAGGAUGUGAGGAGAAAGACCAAAUCAAGACUGUUCUUACAAAAGGCAUUGCAGGAAUCGGAAAAACCGUCUCUGUCCAGAAGUUUGUUCUAGACUGGGCUGAGGGAAAAGCCAAUCAGGAUGUAGAUUUCAUGUUUGUUCUUCCAUUUCGAGAGCUGAACUUGAUUAGAGACCAUCAGUACAGUCUAUACAGACUUCUGCUGGACUUUUAUCCUGAACUUCAAGAUGCUGAUUCAAAGUUUUAUGAGGAGUGCAAAGUUGUCUUCAUCUUUGAUGGUCUGGAUGAAAGCAGAAUCACACUGAUGUUUUCAGACGCUCAGAAAGUUUCUGAUGUGACUGAGACUUCACCAGUGGGUGUGUUGAUGUCAAACCUCAUGAAAGGAGAGCUGCUUCCCUCUGCUCUCAUCUGGAUUACCUCCAGACCAGCAGCAGCCAAUCAGAUCCCUGCCAAAUACAUCAACCGUCUGACAGAAAUUCAGGGAUUCAAUGAGCCUCAGAAAGAAGAAUACUUCAGGAAAAGAAUCACUGACGAGCAUCAAAUCAGCAGAAUCAUCUCACACAUCAGAAGAGCAAGAAGCCUCCGCAUCAUGUGCCAAAUACCCAUCUUCUGCUGGAUCUCAGCCACUGUGCUUCAAAAGCUCCUGGAAGAAGAUGUGAGAGAAGAAAUCCCCCAAACUCUGACUGAAAUGUACAUCCACUUCCUGCUGAUUCAGAUCAACAUGAGGAAUCAGAAGUACGAAGAGAGAGAUCCAGAGAAAGUUUUGCAGUCCAACAGAGAAGUAAUUGUGAAACUUGGUGAACUGGCUUUCAAACAGCUGAUGAAGGGCAAUGUAGUGUUCUAUGAGGAAGACCUGAGAGAGAGUGGCAUAGAUGUCACUGAUGCCUCUGUGUAUUCUGAGAUUUGCACUGAGAUCUUUAAGGAGGAAUCUCUGAUAAAUCAGAGAAAAGUCUAUAGUUUUAUUCAUUUAAGCAUCCAGGAGUUUUUAGCUGCUUACCAUGUGUUUUACUACUAUUUAAGCAGCACUGUGGAGACCCUUAAGGUUUUUGAUGCAAUGCAUAAUCUGCAUAAAGGUGCAGUAGAUAAAACCAUUGAGAGUGAGAAUGGACACCUGGAUCUGUUUCUGCGGUUCCUGCUGGGCAUCUCACUGGAGUCCAAUCAGAGACUCUUACAGGAUCUACUAACACACACAGAAAACAGCUCAGAGAGCAUCAGGAAAACCGCACAGUACAUUAAAGAGAAGAUCAGAGAUGGACAAGGACUCUCCACUGAAAGAUCCAUCAAUCUGUUCCUCUGUCUGCUGCAAAUUAAAGAUCAGGGUCUGUCCAGAGAGAUUCAGGAGUUUGUGAAAUCAGACAAACACUCAGAGAAAAAACUGUCUCCUGCUCACUGUUCAACAAUUGCCUACAUGCUUCAGAUGUCAGAGGAGGUGCUGGAUGAGCUGGACCCCAAGAAAUACAACACAUUAGAUGAGGGUAGAAGAAGACUGAUACCAGCUGUGAUCAACUGCAGAAAAGCCCUUCUAGCUGGCUGUAAUCUCUCUGGUCAGUCCUUUGAAAUUGUGUCAUCAGCUCUACAAUCAUCAAACUGUGUCUUGAGAGAGCUGGACCUGAGUAACAAUGACCUGCAGGACUCAGGAGUUAAGUUGCUCUCUGAUGGGCUGAAAAGUGCAAACUGUCAGCUGGAGAUACUGAGGUUGUCUGGCUGUAUGGUGACAGAGGACGGCUGUGGCUAUAUGUCUUCAGCUCUGAGUUCAAACCCCUUACACCUGAGAGAGCUGGAUCUGAGCUACAAUCAUCCAGGACAAUUAGGAAUCCAGCUACUAAACAAUAAACUGAAGGACCCAAACUACAAACUGAAGAUACUUGAUUUGGACCAUGGAGGACAUAUAAGGGUCAGACCAGGACUGAGAAAAUAUGCCUGUGACCUCACACUGGAUCCAAACACAGCAAACACUCAACUUAGUCUGUCUGAAGGAGGGAAAAAAGCAACUUAUGAGGAAAAGCAUCAGCCAUAUCCUUAUCAUCAAGAGAGAUUUGAGAACCAUGAGCAGGUUCUGUGUCAAGAGAGUCUGACUGGACGCUGUUACUGGGAGGUCACCUGGGUUGGCUCGGGUCAUGUAGCAGUGACAUAUAAAGAAAUCUGCAGAAAAGAAGGCAGUGAGUGUCGGUUUGGACGCAAUGAGAAGUCCUGGAGUGUUUUCUUUUGUGAUAAGUUUUAUUCUUUUUGGCACAAUAAUAAGAACACUGACAUUCCUUCCCUUUCACCCUCCUCUGACAUAUUAGGAGUGUAUCUGGACUCGUCGGCUGGCACUCUGUCCUUCUACAGUGUCUCUAACACAGACACACUCACACACUUACACACAUUCAACACCACAUUCACUGAACCCCUCUAUGCUGGAUUUGUAGUUUAUCCUGAAUCUUCAGUGAAAUUUAACCUGCUGUGAAAAAUGUGAAAUUAAUCAUAACUAACAUUUCUUUUUCCUUGCAGGAAUAACAUUUAUAUGCUCUUGAAACCUAAAUGUCCUCAAAUUGUCCCCAAGUUAGUGUGUGUCUGAAUCAUGUCCAAAUAUAAGAAAAGGGAAAAUGAAACUUAGGGACAGCUAGACAACUAUUGAAAUAACCAAGUAAUCAACAAACUAAUAAACACAUGAUUUGGGCAGAUCUUGAUUUAUCUAGUAACAUGAGGGUUUGACAUAUGAAGUACCAAUCAUAUUGUAGAAUGCUUUGUCAUGCUCCUAUCCUAUAUAAACUCUUGUAUUCUUUUUGCUGGUGGGAUUCUCUGUGAUUGACAUAACACUAUCCCCCAACACUAUCCCCCUAACAAUAAAAACCUUUUUCCAAAGUGAUACUUUCAAUGUUUUUACAAUAACAUUUGAGAUGCUGUGCAAUCCGAUUGGUCUGCUGAUUAGUCCAAUUAUCCAAUCACAAUAUCUGCUGAGGCAAAGUAAGGAAUUCUUUGUUGUGCAUCAAGAGAUUUAUUUGGUAAAUGUGUUUCCAUCGUUGUUUAUGUCUUCUUAUUGGAUGAAAAAUGUAUCGGCCCUAAUUGAGCACAUACAUAUUUAUGCGCAUAUUAAGAUUUUCAUCUGCAUCUUGGCAUUUCCAUUAAUUUUUUAAGAGAUACCUCAAAAUUUGCAUAAAAAUAUGUGGAUGGAAACAUUGCUACUAAAGAUUUUGCUGUGAAGAGUGUUGAGUAGUUAAUAAAAAAAUGAAGUCGAAAGAAUGUUUCAGGAACAUCAUACUAACAUUAAAAAAUAUUUAACUAAUAUUAAGGAAACUGGACAUUUUACCUUUCACAUAACCAAAACAGAAUGUUUGAAAAAGAAAUUGUUAGCUGGGUUAAUAAAUUAUUGAUUAUUAAAAAUGAAUAAAUGCACAAACACAAAAUAUAAGU